AUGAAGUGCAAGCGCCACCCCUGCGAAGGCGGCGUUGGCGUCUGCGCGUCCUGCCUUCGUGAACGCCUUCUCUUGCUCGCUGCCGCCCAGAACGCCAUUCCCGAUCUCUUGCCAUCGCAGCAGCAGAAGCAGCUCGUGUUCCCUGGAUCCGUCUCGCCUUACCUCUCUCGCCGCUUGUCCAUCGGCGACGACGAGCCGGAACCUCGCCGCCGUCUCCAGCGCUUCCUCAGCACACCCGAGAGCCGCGCGAUCGGCCCUAAGAGGUUCUCUCUCUUCUCCGCCCUCUUCGGGUACUCUAGAUCUGAAGCCAUCGUCACCGAUCUCAAUGGCGUGAAGGGAUCUAGCCCCGGCUCGUGGUUUUCCGCCAUCACCCGCUGGCGGGGAAAAAAACCCAAGGAUCAGUCGAGGAAAUCAUGGCGAGCUCCGGACAAAGGGAUGUCUCCGGAUAGAGAAUCCGCAGCCGGAGACGAAGGCUCCCCGUCAUCGAGUGGUGACGAGGCGGAGCCCCGGCUCCCAGGACCAACGCCGGCAAGGAAAUUCCCGGCGAAAGGAAAGCAACGGGGGAGCUCGAUAUCAGGGUUCGCCGUGUGUCUCAACCCACUAGUGAGAGCAAGCCCUAACCAACUCCGCUGCACCGGGAUAGAUACGGCGGCUUGGAUCGCUGCCGGCGAGCUCCACGGCGGCUCCACGAACCCUCGCCAGCACCGGCACUUGGCACUCGGGCCCAAUCGCUCCAAAAAACUCGCGGAUUUGGGUAAAUUUCCGUGA